AUGAAGGUAGCGAUCUUCGUCGCCUUAACGCUGGUCGUCCUGACCUCGGGGAGUCAAACUGGCCUUCGACAUUUCAAAGGCUACCAAGUCAUCUCAGCUUUGGCGACAACGAGAGAACAGUUGGACGCCUUGAGGGUGCUCUACUUUAUCAACGAUUAUGAUUUCUGGACAUCGCCAAACGGCCUUGGGGCCACCGACAUUAUGGCCGCACCAGAACUGAUCCCACAACUAGUACAGCUUUUAACGGAGAAAGGCAUCGAGUUCGCGAUUAAAUUUGAUGAUGUAGAAAAGUUGGUGGAAGAUGAACGAAUCGCAAAUGCAAAGGCGUCCAUUGGAAGAAUCGACUGGACUUCGUAUCAGCCCUACGACAGCAUCGUACAAUUCUUGACGACCAUAAAUUCCAAUAUUGCCACUGUAUCCGUAAUUGGACAAACUACGGAAGGACGGGACAUUCAUGUUGUCAAAUUCUCAAGUGGCGGGCCGCCCAAAAAGUCUAUCCUUAUCGACUCCAAUAUCCACGCAAGAGAAUGGAUCGCUGGGGCAACGGGAACUUGGAUUAUUAACGAACUUCUAACAAACUCUGCCAACUAUACUGCUAUCCUUCAAGAAGUCGACAUAUACGUCAUCCCCAUGAUCAAUGCUGAUGGUUAUGAAUACACUUGGACUUCUGAUCGCAUGUGGAGGAAAACUCGAAGUGUCAAUGCGGGCAGUUCCUGCAUGGGUUGUGAUCCUAAUCGGAAUUUCCCCUUCCAAUGGGCCGGUGAAUCCACAUCGUCCGACCCCUGCACUGACAUUUAUCACGGCUCAGCACCACUCACAGAGCCUGAGACGCAGGCAAUCGACCGUUUCGUAAGGGAGUCAGAAGCGGCAGGAGUAGAGUUUUACGCCUACGCGUCUCUUCAUUCCUAUUCUAACGUAAUGAUAAUAAAUCUAAAAGACUAA